UUCGUACAUUUCUAAGUUCGGGAAGGGGAACAAGAAAUAGAAGCUGGUGCAGUUAAUCAAGGAAGUAAAAGUUAUCGCUUUAUGACAAGAUGUCAUUUUGCGGGUGGUCAAGCGGUGAACAAUAUAGAGAUCAUUUCGAGAAAGGUAUCUAUGUUUGUUCUGCAUGUAACAAUGAGCUGUUUCACAGCAAGACCAAGUUUGAACAUUCUUCCCCUUGGCCGUCCUUCACAGAGUUGAUACGACCAGACAGUGUAUCACGGCGACCAGAGUCACAAAGGGCCAUGAAGAUUUCCUGUGGCAAUUGUGGUAAUGGACUUGGACAUGAAUUUAUUGGAGAUGGACCCAAGAAAGGCCAAUCAAGAUUUUGAAUAUUCAGUGAUUCUCUAAAAUUUAUCUCUAAUGAUAAACUGAAGUCCACAUCGUAGAUAUUGAAUCCUGGUGCAGCCCUUCCGAAUCUCAGGAUGUUCUACCUCACGGCCAAUCAAGACUGACUCAGCUCCACACUCUUUGUCUCUCCACACUCUUUAUGUUCUUUGUUUAAAUACAAACAGAUAAUUGCUAUGUUAUUGACAAAACAUGUCAAUUUGCUUGCUCAAUUUCCAUUUUUGAACUUCAGAAAUAAAGUGUGACAAUAGAAAUGUUUAGGAGAGGAAGAACUACUGAACCCAUUCUGAUUAUUCUUUUUAUGAAGCUAUAUAACUGUCAGGAUUUGUUUGCCACAUAUUUGAAUGUGAUUUUCAACACUGCUAGAAUGUUUGGACAGUGCUUCUUGUUAACAGAGUGACAAAAGUUUGAAUACUACAAUGAUAUAUAAUGAGAGGCACAUGGAUACCUUGUGUAUCUCACUGGCUGACCUGAUAAGGUUUAUAUUCUCCCCUGUGAAAAUGUUGACAAUUACCAGUCACAGUGUUAUAAAACAUGUUAUUUCACAGGAAAACCAUACCUACAUCAGGACACAUAUGUGCCAGAUAAGCCUUAAUGAUGUUGAUAGCUAAUUGUGUCAUUUUUACUACUCCUGGGUUCUUUGAAGGAAUAGCCAUUAAGAUGUUUUUCUUAUUUAUUGACGGGGCAGUGGGGUAGCCUAGUGGUUAAAGCGUUCGCUCGGCACGCCAAAGGCCCGGGUUCGAUUCCCCACAUGGGCACAAUAUGUGAAGCCCAUUUCUGGUGUCCCCCGCCGUGAUAUUGCUGGAAUAUUGUUAAAAGCGGCGUAAAAUCAAACUCACUCACUUGGUCACUCUUAUUUAUUGACACUAGCCUAGAUGGUAAUAUACUUUACUGUAAAUUCAUGUCAAUACUUUUUGAAGGAUCAGAUUCUAAUGGUCAGUUCAUUUGUUUACUCAUUUAAUUUCAGGCUUACUUCACUAAAUGCUACAAUGAUUAAUCUGUCUGAAGUCUAUGGGGCCUUUAUUCCACUGCUGCAACAUGCAUGCAUGUGCCAUGUGAGGGGGCUGUUACCAGGAAUAAUGAGGUCAUCUAGUCCCACUUGCCCUUCUCUGUACCAGCUCGGAGCGUGUGAAGCUGGGUGGCCAGAGCCCCCUGUGGGAAAGCCCCUAAGUGGAAGUAACUCCGUCUAGCACAGACUUGGGUGACUGAUUACUGGAGAGCCUUGAUAGAGCAGAGAAGGCUUGUACACCGUCUAUGAUGUAUCAUAUAUGUAUAGUGAUAAUUUAUGAGGUACUUAGCACUACACCAAAUACUUAAUGUGGUUGCCAUGUACCAGCUUCUUUCUCUGCUGUAUCUGAUGUACAUAUAAUUAGUAUUUAAUUUUUGGGGACACUAUGGUAAGAUUCAGCCUGGCAAGUUUGCUAUUCUUCAUAUGAAUCAGACAGGACACUUUAUUUUGUGGUACAUAUUUUUGUUUUGGGGGCUGUUAUAUUUGUACUGUUUGUAUUAUGAAAACAUAUCAGAAUAGGGAACUGUUAUCAACAACUUUCACAGGACACCUGCUUUAUAUGUAGUACACCAGAACACCAGUAAUGACAACUGUGGUAACAGGUUAUAUGUUCUAGUGUGUAGUAGUGAAUAUGCACGGAAUAAUUAUCUAGUACAACAGUUGCAAACAUUGUAUACCUACAGAUCUGAAUAAAGAGACUUUACUGUGGUUCAUGAUUAACCUAACUGUACUACAGAUGUAUGUAUGUUCUAUGCUGCACCAUGUCUGUGCCACAACACUCCUGUAACCAGGUGAUAUCAAAUUGUGGGAAGGUAUCAAACCCAUGUACAAAGUAUGUGAAACAGUGUACUAGAAAUAUGCAAGAAGUGAGUCAGGUGUGUUUUUUUGUUCUGGAUCGUUCAAAAGUUUAUGCAAUUCCUUUGGUUGAGGAAGUAUCCUCUCAUGCAAUGUUUCCCCUUUUUGGGAGAGUUGAUAUUAAAAGAACUAUAAUUUUA